CACAGACAGAAAUCAAAACCCAAAAACACUUCUUACACUUUCUCUCUUUUCACUGUUCGGAGGCCGCAAUCUCUCCUGUCUCCUCCGACCCACCCGCCGAUUACCGGUUGAAACUUUUCUCAAUCUUGCUUCCUUGCCAUAAGAAAUCCCUCCUCAACUUGUCUAAGAUUUCCACCACCUCACCGGGGAUGGUAAAUAAAGACAUUACAUAUGUUGGCAGAGAAUCUAGGACUGCAUUGAUCAAAACAACUCUACUCCCCAGGGAAAGGCAAAUGAGGCGCAACCUUGAGGUUUGGAAGAUGGGCACGAUAAAUUACCUGGAGGCAUUAAAGCUGCAAGAGAAGUUGGCAUCUAAUAGAAAAGCUCUAAAAAUUACUGAUACCCUAUUAUCUCUACAACAUCCACCGACGUAUACAGUUGGCAAAAGGGAAACAAUUCAUAAUCUACUCAUUCCUGAUACCGAGCUCAAGUCCAUAGGGGUGGAACUUCACUAUACGCAAAGAGGAGGUGACAUUACUUUUCAUGGUCCUCACCAAGCGAUCUUAUAUCCCAUUGUUUCGUUGAGAGAUAUUGGUUUAGGGGCUAGAAUGUACGUUGAGAAGCUUGAGCUAACCAUGAUUGAAUUGGCAUCUAUGUAUGGUGUGAAAGCACAGGCUGGACAAAAAUGCGAAACUGGGGUUUGGGUUGAGGACAGAAAGAUUGGCGCGAUUGGAGUUAGAAUUUCAUCUGGCAUCACAUCUCAUGGAUUAGCAUUCAACAUGGACCCUGAUUUAAACUACUUUAAGCAUAUUGUGCCUUGUGGGAUUGUCGAUAAAGGUGUUACGUCUUUGAAGAAUGAGACAUAUGUAGAGCUUCCUGCUGAAGAUGUGAUACAAGAGCAGUUGAUCGCUUGUUUUGUAAGAAUAUUUGGGUACAACGAUGUCGUUUUAAAAGAUAAGUCUGUGUUAUAAUUUGGUUAUAAGCACUAUUGUUAACAUAUGCUGAUACAUUAUGUGACUAAUUUUUGUAUAAGUAGACAUUGUUUAUUCAUUUGAUCAGAUUAGCAUUGUGGACGAGUAAGCUAUGAUAUCAAAAGCAGAUUUCUUGUGUUGUCCUUUGAAUUUUUGAUAUCCUUAUUUGUGGAUAUUUUUCACAGAGAGUUCUGUUUAUGAGGAACCUGAGUUCCUUUGACUCUAUGGAGGCACAAGUGAGUGAUACCAAAGUUUGUUGAGGACAUGACAAAGCAAAACAAACUCAAUGUAAUCCCAUAAGCAAAGUCUGGGGAGGGUAAGAUUAAAAGCCUUACACCUACUUUUGUGAUGUAGAGAGAUUGUUUCUGAUUGACCCUCUAACUUCCAAGUUUGAGACCAUCAAUAUGAACGAGCUCUAAGGCCGACUCAAUAAGAUUGGGGGACUAAAUCGAAAUAUAAGAGAGGGCCCUAAUACUUUUAUUUUUCAUUAUACAUACUUUUGUUCAAAAUUUAUUUUUCUAGCUUUUUUAGAUGUGAAAUUGUUAGUUACUAUUUAUAAUCGAUUUGUUUAAUAAUUCCUUUUAAAUUAAUAAUCCACUCAAUCUCUCUUAAUACAUUGUUGAUCUUAAAUAAGAUUUAAAUCGAUUUUGUUUCGAAAAACUUUUUUAGGAUGAGGUAACGGUUACAAUAACUGCAAACAUUUUCUACCCACUUGACUCCGUAAUGACAUGUCUAGAUAGUUCUCUAAGCUUCCUCUGUUUGUUUACUGAUACAUAACAUUUUAUUGUUUAGAUAAGAGCAUACACUUUGCUAACUAAGGUUUGAAUUCUAGUGCAUUUUAAAUACGAUAUUCACUCCGACUGCAGUAUGGAUGUAGCAACCUUUGUACCCAGACUAGCUGUGGCAACUUCUAAUGAUUCACAUAGCCCUUGAAAUCUUGGGCAUUGAAGUCUCGUUGUAUCAAUAUGUGGGAAUAAGCCUGAUCCAACAGGUCCACUGAAUCCUUCUCUGUUCAACUGCCUUGUGAUUUCCUUUCCCAGGAAGAGUUUGAAACACAAAGCUUAGAGCUCUGAAACUUAUAUACAUGAAAGUCUCAUACCUACCAUCUCGAGAUACACUGCUAGCUUUAAAAUUUGCUUCAAAUCUGAAAUAUCUGCUUAUGAGUAUUACUCUGACUGAUCAUGCAUGAGCAAGUAGCUCCUAAGUCAAGUGCUGUUAAAUAACGCAGAUUUGAGUUGAGAAUUGUGUAUAACUAAAUUUACAUGGUCGUCAAAAUAUAGAAGCAUAUUGCUUUGGGUGAUCUGUGUGAAGCUUAGUAGUUCCUAUGAAUUAUGAUUAGUGCUAUCAACACAAAAUUGAUCUAAAACUUCCAAGUUCCAUAUGAUGAACCUCAGUUGAAUGAUUUUUUGGGAGUAAUUUUUAUUCGUGAAUUGUUUACUUGUGAAAGCGGGAAAAGAAAGUCCUUUUGUCUGAAAACUCCUCUAAUUUAAAGAUACUUGUUGAAUACCCACUUUAAAUACUAAAUCAAUGUUGGUAGUGUGCUGAUUGAACACAUUUUGGUGUAAUGAUGGUUGAAAUGGAAGAUAAAAGAAAAUCAAAGUCCAGGGUCUCUCGUCAGUUUCUUUGGGCAGUUGAUAGAGUACUGACAUGUUAUGAAACUAUUCUUCUUUUCGCAGCUUGUCCAAAUAGUAUCCUUUACAGCCCAUUACAUUGACUUAGAAUUAGAAGGCCUAACCUCUUGUUCCUCACAAUUCUGAUUUCACACUAUUGGAUUGUCAAAAAAAUACUGGCAGAUGAAGACUUCUAUAUUUUCUCUUUUAUUUUCUGAAAUAUUAGAGCAAAAAGAUUUCAAGUAUAAUUUUAACCAACAUUUUACGCUGACUGCACUUUCUGGUUUUGCUACAAAAUUUUGAACUGAGUUUAUGUGGUAAGUUCCCUUUCAGCUCUCUUGGAUGAGUUAGACUUGAACUCUUGGGUUCUAGUGCCGAUCUCCUUCUCUUCUAGUUAUCACGGGUUGCUAAGUAAGGAAAAGGAAAGUACCAAGAGUUACACUUGAACCCCUGGGCCCUAGUGCUUAUCUGUUUAUCCUUUGUUGCUAAGAGAGGGAAAGGAAUGUACAGAUGAUAAUCAUUUACACUUUAUAUGUGUGGUUAGUCAGCAAGCAAUGAAAACUGUCUUACAUGAAAGACUUGACUCUAAGUUUAAUCCCAGAAAAAUAUUUUGAUAACUUGAAAGCAAAUAGUUUGUGUUUUAAACUCCAUUUCCUUUCACAUAGACAAAUGCAAGAACAUGAUUUUUGAUUUCCUUUUCUUUUGUUCACAUCAAAUUUCUCAAGAAAUAUAUUUUCAGGUAACUUUCUUGACAUCCCAACACGAGAGAAGUUAAUCUUUUCCUUUUAAUUACUGCUUAUUCUAAAUUUUUAGGAGUGGUCAAUGCAAAAUUUAGAUCGUACAGAAACACUACAUAUUAUAUUGAAGACAUCCCUAAUAUCUCACUUUCAGAUAAAUAUACCUAAAACAUCACUGUGACUUGCAACUUAUAAGCUAACCCGACAAGAAAUUUCACUUAUAGUUACGGCCGCCAUUCAGCCGGGCUUCGGUCGCCGGCUCCCCUGUCAUCACAUCACCAACUUCCUUGACCUUCUGGAUGUCUUUAGAGUUUAGUAGGAAGUGUACGGUUUUCACUGUUUAUUUGAGAUGGAUUCUUAAUGGUGCCAUCUGUCAAUAGCCAACGUUAUAUCCUUGUGUUAGGAGUAAAUAUGUUUUAUACUCUUCUUCUGCAUUUUUCAUCAACCUCUAUUGACUUCUCAAAUCUUCGGACCACUAACAGUCACCAGCUGCCACAUGAACUCAUACCCUUUUCUUACUUCCAUCUGUGCUUAUUAUGUCUAUGAUUUUAUGUCUCGGGCUUACAGGAUUGAGUUAGCAUCUUCAAUUGGAACCACUCUAAUCUUCUUUCUCUGCUUAGUUAAAAAACCUUCCCCUUCUUAUAGGUGUUAAAAAAUCUUCCACCUCACAUAAGUGACAUAUGAUUUGAUCACUGAAAGUCUAUUAUUCUUUUGCAAAUCUGGAAGCUUUACUUUAGCAUUUCAUAAUCAUACACAAUAUGAAUUAGAAUGAGGGGCAACCAGUUGGCUUUAUCCAACAACAACAACAUACCCAGUGUAAUCCCACAGGUGGUGGGAUCCGAGGAGGGUUGAGUGUACUCAAACUUUACCCCUACCUCGUGGAGGUAGAGAAAUUGUAUUUGAAAGACCCUCGACUCAAGUAAUGUAUAUCAAAGUUGUUUGAAGAGAAAAAUCCAAAAGUAAUGAGGACAUAGCAAACAAUAGGGAAAACACUACAUAGCAUUCAGAAAACAAGGAACAGUAACAACAAUCAAAUAAUGUGAUAACCGAAGCAUAGGAAACAACAGGUAGUAACAAAAAUAAUCUGUUUCAUUUGUUUGUGAAUUUCUUGUGAGUGAGACAGUAAUGAAUCAUGAACAAUACAGCUUGGAGAGGGCAUCAUUAUAUUUGGUUGAAUCUAUUAAUAAUGGUGGUUAGUUUGGAGUGAUGCAAUAGCCCUUGACUUUGGUAUCUUGCAUCUAGCACCUUUAUGUUGUCUAAUUUUGUGCUUUGGCUACUUCCUUAAAUUGCUGAAACAGUUGCAGUUGCUGCACUUUACUUUGAGGUGCAAAGAAGUUCUUGAUCCGAAGCCAAAAAGGAGGAACUUCGCAGGCAAGAGCUGGAGCAAAUGAGGGAAAGAGAUGACUCAUUGUCACGAGAGGUGGAGAGCCUGAAAAGCAAAAUUCAAGAGCUUGAACAGUUGGCAAGGGACGAGGACUAGCUGGAGUGUUCAAUUUCAGACCUUCUCAAGUUGAAGAAGGCAAGGUACCAACACCAGCAUGAUCUUUUGUGUGAUGUUUUUGGCAGCAAAAUGAUCAGAUAUUUUCUCAUUCUUUGGAGCCAAGAAUCAUAUGCCUUCUGUAAACCAGAAGCCUAGGCUCCUUGCUGAAAAUGAAGUUGAAUCUUUUGAAAAUUUCCAUUGAUGUGAUCAAUAUUGUGAGUUCCAUAGCCUGAGUUUUUGGUGUUUCCUCCUUUGAUUUAUGGUACUAUACUGAUUUUACAUAUGUCUAACACCACAUGCUUUUAAGAGACUUGUGUACUUAGCAUCAUAGGGUGCUAAAUAGUGAAAUGUUGUUCAGCCAUGUUCUAAUGCUCAAUACUGGUGAAGUGACAUUAUGACCAGAUGCCCCUUACCAGCAAAAGUUAUAUAUAAAUACAAAUGUAACACCAAUAUUUAUACUUUUGCACGUUUAUAUGAAUGGGAGGCAUCAUGAAUUGA